AUGAAUUCUAGAGAGGAGGAUCACUUAAAUUAAGUUGAUUUAGAUUAAGCAUAUGAUAUCCCAAAUCAACAAGGAAGUUUAACUUAAAAAAUAAAUGAAAUUCAAGACAUGGCAGCUGAAAAAUAUGAUGACAUUAAUCAGAUAGUCAAUUAUGAAAUGAGAGUAAUGUAAGAAAAGCUAGGGUUUAGAGGAGAGAGACCUUAAAUUUACUAGCAAACAGCUCUAUUUGUGGCUGUUAUUUAGUUAAUAAUAGCUACUUUUUUAUCAAUGUUAAUUUCAUAAACAACGUUUUUAGGACAAGCUUGGACAUUUAUUCCUUGGAUCUAAUACCUAUUUAUUUUAACCUAUCUAUUCACUAUUUUGGCUAUACAAUGUUUCUCCGAUAAGAUCUAAGAGACAAGGUAUAAUUUUGGUAUAUGUUGCGUUCACGCUGUCUCUAAAAUAAUCUUGAUUGUUUUCAUAUCCAUAUGGUUCUUUGACAUCAGAGUUGAAAUAUUUUUGGUUGCAUUAAUUGCGAUUUAAGGCUACGUCACUCUCAAGAUUUACGUUCCUACUCAAAAGCAUGAGGAAUUUGAUUUAAAAGUGAAGGAUUUAUGGAAAAAGAUGACUAUAUUUUAGCUUUGUGUUUCAGUUUUCUUAAUGUAUUUUACUAGAUCAACCUAUAUGGUUGGACUAUUAGUGUAUGUUUCAACUCUUCUGAUAGGAAUUUAUACUAUAUUGUGUUUACAAAGGUUUAAAGAAUACUCCUAUUUUUCCUUUAAUUCGAAUGAUCUAUAUUUGGGGGCUUUGCAAUUAGAAGCAGACAUGUUCCUGCCUUGCUCACUGAUUGCAUUUCAAGACAGGAACAAGACUUAAAGUCCGUCUCGUCGUUCCUCGGAUCAGAGUGAUAAAGAGAAAGAUUAUAAGAAACAAGACUCAGAACAAAGAAUGGCUGUUCAAUCUAUAAAGAGCAUAGCUGAUUGA